AAAGCAAGCUCCGUCAAUUACUUGAUAUUCCCCCUGUCACAGCACACCAUUCUGUAAGCAAUGGCUGCUAUUCUCUCUUACUUGCCUCCUUUCGAGGGCUUUCUACCCAAGUGGCUUUUCCUAGUCUCGGUGGUCUCUUCGGCAAACAGCAUUCAAGCGUACCGAUCGGACUCCUACGCUGCGGAGCUCUACAAUGGACGAUCCGCUGAUGGUCGUCCGCUAACCAAUCCCUUAUCCUCUCGCACCUUUGGCACCUGGACUUUCCUCUCCGCCGUGAUCCGAAUGUAUGCAGCUUACAACAUCACGACCCCUGUGACAUAUGACCUUGCUAUGUGGUCUUUCGGAAUCGCCUUGGUACACUUUGUUGGCGAGUGGCUGGGUUUCGGUAGUGCCCAACUCAAGGGGCGUUUCGUGAGCCCUCUUAUUGUUGCGUCAUCGACUCUGGCUUGGAUGUUGACACAGAGGGAAAACUAUCUCUCUGCCUAAAUUUUUUCCAUGCGAGACGUUAACCUAUCCCUCGAUGUAUCCCUUCCAUCUUUCUUUCUUUCGAGUUCCUAGUCGAUCGCAUCAACCCUACCUACAGUCCUGGUGUUACAAGGAGGAAAUUAAAAAGAAUAUUAGAUACCCAUGGCUAACCAAAAAUUGUUUCUGUGCACCGUGACUCAUUCAAGAU